CGGCGGUAUAAAUUGAGCCUAAUGGAAGAGAAUGGCAUAAUGGUCUUUGCUUCACAAACACUGUUAGUUUUUUGCGAGAAGCCUUCGGUUGCGCACGCGGCUCUACGUGUCAGUUAUCCGUCAAAAUUUGAAUUCGCUUUGGUCGUGAUUAUUAAACGUUUCGGUGUAAUUUCAAAACAAUAAAAUAUCUUUUUUUAUUUCCAUCGUAAUAAAUUUGUGCCUGUUUUUUUUUCGUUUCCAAAGCAGCCUUAUAAACGAAUAAAAUGGGAUAUUUAACGAGAUUAACACUGGUUGCAGUAUUAAUAUCACAGGCCUAUACAGCUCCCCAAUUCAUCAGUUUCGACGAAGGCAAAUUAGGAGUCAACUUUGGUGGAUACCACGCUGCGGUCGGCAUCGGUGGGCUAUUAGGACAAAAUGGAGGCGCAGGCGGUGGUUUAUUCGCAGAAGCUGGAACACCACAUGGACAAGCUGCCAAAGCAGGACUAGGUGGUGCCACUGAUAAUGGUGGAUCUGCAGGCGGACUCUUCGCUGGUGCCACGGCAGGAGGAAGCGUAAAGGCAUCUGCUGGUUUAGCUGGAGGUGUAACCGGGGAAAAGUCAGCUGGAACUGGCUUUGCGUCUGCGCAAGCAGGAAACCACUAUGCAUCAUCAGGACUGGGAGGAGAUACUUCAAAUUCAGGAGCAUCUGGCUUUACUUUCUCUGGGACUAAAUCUUUUGGAUUAACUAAAGGAAACGUGGAUUCUUCAGAAAUAAAUGUAAAACCAGUACAAGCAGAACACAAGAAGGUUCACAAAGAAUUCAAUUUUGAUGCCACAAACGAAGUAAACUUCGUACCUUUGGGAUCCAAUACUAAUGUAGGCAUUCAAAAAGAUGUUGCUGUUAAAACUGAUGCUCAACCUCAAGUUAUUAUUAAGGAAGUAUAUGUACAGUCCCCACCACAAAUCAUAGAGAAACAUAUUGUACAUAAGCACAGUAAACCUCGUCAUCAUUUCCGCACUGCAUACUUUGGGGGCUUCACUGGCAGUAAUGCUGAAGUGCCUGUUUCUCCAAUUCAAAAGAGGAUCGACGUAAAUGUCGACGCAAGCGCCAACGGGGGAGCAGUAGCUGAAACUGACGUUAAUGGAAGUGGACAUACCUACACAAAACAAGUGACAUUCCAGAGAAACCCUAAUUUCUUUGCUGAUAUUUUUAAUAUUCCCAUUUCAACAUUAAAAGCAGUGGGUAAUUUCCUCGGUAACACGGCUGGAAGUACAAACGUUUCUGUUCAAAAAUCUGGAUCUAUUCAGACAGGUUUCCGAGGAUGGCAGUAUUGAACCUGUUCGCAGACUGGGACCGCAUGCGAGAAGGAGAGCCAAUAAGCACGUAGUCAUAGUAGAAGAAGAAAAUAUAAAAAACAUUGAGAAAUCCUCUUAGAUUAUAAUAAGUUUGUAUUAAAAGUUACUGCUUUUAUCCAUUGUACAAGUGUAGAUAUUAAGUACACACAAUAUAAUGUACCUGCUUUUGAUGACGUAUUUUAGGAAAAUAUAUUUUUACACUGAA